AGACAGAUUGGUCAUUGGGGAGGAACAUUGAAUAGCCUAUUCAUAUGUUCCAGAAAUACGGAUGACAGACUUGAGCGGAGCCUUUGUAUUUAUAGCUGCAAAAGAGAUUCACAACAUCAUUGAUGCAUUGUUAAAUCCGUCAUCUCUCAAGAGAUUGCAGUUUCAUGCGCGAGGGAGGCGAACUGUCAAGCAAACUACAACUUGAGAACGUUUUCAUGGUUGUUAGACAGCUUUCUUUUAAGCUGUCAAGUCUUCUCUCACUUCAAUUGGCCCUUUGUCCGAACAUCCUGAAACAGAAUUGGACUGGUGAUCUCUCAAUUGUCUGUUUGUAAUGCGACCUAUUGGGGCAAAUAAUGGUAUGUGGGUGGAUUAUAGUUACGAGUGAGAAUGAUUACAUAGCACACUUGCAAUAGGUCUAUCCUGCUUUGUGGGUCCAGGGCUGUGCAUCUCACACACCCACUGGCGCUUCUUUCACACGAGGAGUAUUGGGGAGCGUGGAAAGGGAGUGGCACGGCAGCUGAGCAGAGCAGCGGAGGGAGACAGAAUCGAAUACCGUAAACAAGCGGCUCGGCUCUUCAAUUUUACUGGCUACUCUGGUGGAAUCCAGCCUCAACCCUUUUCAUCUGCUGUGGAUACCCGACUGACUGCGCCGAGAUGGGGUAUGGACGGUCAGACAGCUACCGUGUGGCCACCACGACGGAGAAGGAAGAGAAGGAGUCCCCCAAGAAGGCGGACUCCAAGGCGGACAAGAAGACCAAGGACAUGGAUGAACUGAAGAAGGAAGUUCCCUUGACGGAACACAAGAUGUCCAUCGAGGAGGUAUGCCAGAAGUACGCUACUGAUAUAGUCCAGGGUCUGACCAACGCUAAGGCCGCUGAGUACCUGGCUCGAGACGGUCCCAACGCCCUCACACCUCCCCCCACCACCCCCGAGUGGGUCAAGUUCUGUCGUCAGCUGUUCGGUGGCUUCUCCAUCCUGCUUUGGACUGGCGCUAUCCUCUGUUUCUUGGCCUACACCAUCCAAGCCGCCACCGAGGAUGAGCCCGCCGGAGACAAUUUGUACCUGGGUAUCGUUCUCUCAGCUGUGGUCAUCAUCACCGGCUGUUUCUCCUACUUCCAGGAGGCCAAGAGCUCCAAAAUCAUGGAGUCCUUCAAGAACAUGGUGCCGCAGCAAGCGCUGGUGAUCCGUGAGGGUGAGAAAAUGCAGAUCAACGCUGAGGAGGUGGUGGCUGGAGAUCUGGUAGAGGUGAAGGGAGGAGACAGGAUCCCCGCUGACCUCAGGAUCGUCUCUGCUCACGGCUGCAAGGUGGAUAACUCCUCCCUGACAGGCGAAUCAGAACCCCAGAGCAGGUCACCUGACUGUACCCAUGACAACCCCCUGGAGACCCGCAACGUCGCCUUCUUCUCCACCAACUGUGUCGAAGGCACGGCGCGUGGCAUUGUGGUGUGCACCGGUGACCGUACCGUCAUGGGCCGUAUCGCCACCCUCACCUCCGGCCUGGAGUCGGGCAAGACCCCCAUCGCCAAGGAGAUCGAGCACUUCAUUCACCUGAUCACAGGCGUGGCCGUGUUCCUGGGCAUCACCUUCUUCAUCCUGGCCGUCUGCCUGGGCUACACUUGGCUGGAGGCCGUCAUCUUCCUCAUCGGCAUCAUCGUGGCCAACGUGCCCGAGGGCCUGCUGGCUACGGUCACUGUGUGUCUGACCCUGACCGCUAAGCGUAUGGCUCGUAAGAACUGCCUGGUGAAGAACCUUGAGGCUGUGGAGACCCUGGGCUCCACCUCCACCAUCUGCUCUGAUAAGACUGGUACCCUGACCCAGAACAGGAUGACCGUGGCCCACAUGUGGUUCGACAACCAGAUCCACGAGGCCGACACCACAGAGGACCAGUCUGGCGCCUCCUUCGACAAGAGCUCGGAGACGUGGUUGGCGCUGGCGCGGGUGGCGGCCCUGUGUAACCGGGCGCAGUUCAAGGCAGCUCAAGACCAGCUGCCCAUCCUGAAGAGGGACGUGGCGGGUGACGCCUCCGAGUCCGCGCUGCUGAAAUGUAUCGAGCUGUCCUGCGGCAGCGUCAGACAGAUGAGGGAGAAGAACAAGAAGGUGGCCGAGAUCCCCUUCAACUCCACCAACAAGUACCAGCUCUCUGUGCAUGAGACGGAGGAUGAGAACGACAACCGCUACCUGCUGGUGAUGAAGGGAGCGCCAGAGAGGAUCCUGGACCGCUGCUCCACCAUCUUGAUCCAGGGCAAGGAGCAGCCCAUGGAGGAGGAGAUGAAGGAGGCCUUCCAGAACGCCUACAUGGAGCUGGGAGGACUGGGAGAGAGAGUACUCGGUUUCUGCCACCUGUUAAUGCCUGAGGACCAGUACCCCAAGGGCUUUGCCUUUGACUGUGACGAUGUCAACUUCACCACAGAGAACCUGUGCUUCGUGGGCCUCAUGUCCAUGAUUGACCCUCCUCGUGCCGCCGUGCCUGACGCCGUGGGUAAAUGUCGCUCCGCUGGCAUCAAAGUCAUCAUGGUGACCGGCGAUCAUCCAAUCACAGCCAAGGCUAUCGCUAAGGGCGUGGGCAUCAUCUCCGAGGGCAAUGAGACAGUGGAGGACAUCGCCUCCCGUCUCAAUAUCCCCGUCAGCCAGGUCAACCCCAGGGAUGCCAAGGCGUGUGUGAUCCACGGAACAGACCUGAAGGAUCUGUCUCAGGAUCAGAUGGAUGAGAUCCUGAGGAACCACACUGAGAUUGUGUUCGCCAGGACCUCCCCCCAGCAGAAACUCAUCAUCGUGGAGGGUUGCCAGAGACAGGGUGCCAUUGUGGCUGUGACUGGUGAUGGUGUGAAUGACUCUCCCGCCCUGAAGAAGGCUGACAUCGGCGUCGCCAUGGGGAUCUCCGGCUCAGACGUGUCCAAACAAGCCGCUGACAUGAUCCUGCUGGACGACAACUUUGCCUCUAUUGUCACCGGAGUGGAAGAGGGCCGUCUGAUCUUUGACAACCUGAAGAAGUCCAUUGCCUACACCCUGACCAGUAACAUCCCUGAGAUCACCCCCUUCCUCUUCUUCAUCCUGGUCAACAUCCCACUCCCCUUAGGGACCAUCACCAUCCUCUGUAUCGACCUGGGAACCGACAUGGUGCCAGCGAUCUCUCUGGCCUACGAGGCAGCAGAGAGUGACAUCAUGAAGAGACAGCCCAGGAACCCAGCCAGGGACAAACUGGUUAACGAGAGGCUGAUCAGUAUCGCCUACGGACAGAUUGGGAUGAUCCAGGCUCUGGGAGGGUUCUUCUCCUAUUUUGUGAUCCUGGCGGAGAACGGUUUCCUUCCCUCUUUAUUGGUGGGCAUCAGGCUAAACUGGGACGACCGUUCGAACAACGACCUAGAGGACAGCUACGGACAGCAAUGGACCUAUGAACAGAGGAAGAUAGUGGAGUACACCUGUCACACAGCCUUCUUCGUCAGUAUUGUGGUGGUGCAGUGGGCUGAUGUCAUCAUCUGCAAGACCAGGCGCAACUCUGUCUUCCAGCAGGGCAUGAGGAAUAAGAUCCUGAUAUUUGGGCUGUUUGAGGAGACAGCUCUGGCUGCUUUCCUGUCCUACACCCCAGGCAUGGACGUGGCUCUCAGGAUGUACCCCCUCAAGCCCAGCUGGUGGUUCUGUGCGUUCCCGUACAGUUUCCUCAUCUUCGUUUACGAUGAGAUCCGAAAACUCAUCCUGCGUCGGAACCCCGGAGGCUGGGUGGAAAAAGAGACAUACUAUUAAAUGAUCAAACCAUUCUUCUCUCCCCCUUCCUCCCCUAAAAUGCAUUCCCCUCUUCCUCUCCUCCCUACCAAUCCCUCUAAUCACAUACCAACCACACGAGAAACCACAUCUGAAAACUCCUCCGUUCCCCAUCCUGUAUGUUCCUCCAACAUCGCCUUGAGGAACAAAGAACCAACUACAGAGAAGGAGAGGAACGGGAUGAUCACGCCAAAUCCCUGCGCCCCUCUCUGUCUCGCUGACUUUUUCUUCUACCCAAAGACCACAGCAUAGUCAAUACUGUCAAUACUGUUUACUAUACUGUUAUAAUAACACUGUUCAUAAAUGUGCUAAUACACUGUAAUGUACAAAAUGCCGGUGUCACUCGUCUCUAUCAAUAACAAAAUGGCGGCUGCAUCUAGAUCCCACGGUGAGCGCUGUGGCGUCGUUGUCACCCGUUCUACCCCGACGUCCCCUCUUGACACUCUCACUCCUUCCACCAAUCAUCGACUUAACGUUCCCCUGCCGCCACUCCCGUAAACGUGGAACACUCCCUCCGUCUAUAGGGGGAUAAAAUGUCCCUCCUCCUUCCUGUUCCCCUCCCCUCCCUCUUCCUCCUGUUUUGCCAAUGUUGUUGUUUUAUAUUAGAAGACUGCAUGUUUUUUUUAAACAAUAGUUUGUAACAUUUCUGUGUCUCUUUUUUUUAAUGCUAGCAGCGGCUCUGAGAGCUUUACUUGUCUGUGAGAACUGUGCGACCUCCCCUGUCCUUGUAAACUUCCCCCCUCACUCCCCCCAACUCACCCCUGUUGAAAAAAAAUAUAACAUUCUUUCUGUG